AAGAACAGGUACUUUUGAACAGCAAAGUCAUAAAUGUACAGUUUAAAGACGGGAUGAGUCUGAUGCUCGUAAUGUUAAUGGUUAGGUGAUGGUCUCACAUAUUCCGUUUGAAGGUGUCCUAUGAAUAUCCUCACUCGAGCGUUUGGCGUUGGCAGAAAGCAACUGCCACAUUUUCCGCACUGGCAAUACGUUCGAACCACUCGAACGAUUUCCGGAGCUCAAGUGUCUUCAUCGUUGUUAAAAUCACCUGGACCGGCUAUCAAACUUAGGGACUACCAGGAAGAAUGCAUUCAAUCAGUCCUCUCUUACCUGAGGAAAGGACACCAGCGCCUCGGUGUCUCCUUGGCCACGGGAAGUGGAAAGACAGUUAUUUUCACCCAACUCAUUGAACGGAUCCCCUCCAAAGAUGUCGCAUCCCAGACUCUCAUCCUGGCGCAUCGCCGGGAGUUGGUGGAGCAAGCGGCUCGCCACUGCACAGGACAGUACCCUGACAGGACCAUCGAAAUAGAGAUGGGAUCAAACCAUGCUACAGGGCAUGCGGACAUCACUAUUGCUUCAGUGCAAAGCAUAACGUCUGGCGACCGGUUAGAGAAAUAUGAUCCUUCCCGAUUCAAAUUGAUCCUCGUCGACGAGGCGCAUCAUAUCGUGGCCCCGAAAUAUUUGGAAGUCUUGGACCACUUUGAUCUCCGUUCAGAUCAGGAGGUUAAGCCAGCACUGGUGGGAGUGUCCGCAACGUUCUCCCGCUUCGACGGCAUACGUCUAGGGGAGGUCAUCGAUCAUAUCGUUUACCACAAGGAUUACGUUGACAUGAUCGAGGACAAGUGGUUAUCGAAUGUCAUAUUCACCACCGUCGAGACGCACGUCGAUCUCUCCCACGUCAAGUCAUCCAAGAGUGGAGACUUCCUUACAUCGUCCCUCUCCCCAGCGGUGAACACCCCCGAGGCGAACGAAAUCACCGUCAAGUCCUGGCUUGCCAAAGCCACAAAUCGGCGGUCCACUUUGGUGUUCUGCGUCGACGUAAAGCAUGUCUCACAGACCACGGCGACGUUCCGCGACCAUGGCAUCGAUGCCAGGUUUAUCACGGGCGACACACGAGCGGGUGUCCGGAGUGAGCGGCUGGAUGGUUUCAAACGAGGAGAGUUUCCGGUUCUUGUGAAUUGCGGUGUGUUCACCGAAGGGACGGACAUCCCAAAUAUCGAUUGCAUCAUAUUAGCACGGCCGACCAAAUCACGGAAUCUGCUGGUCCAAAUGAUCGGGCGGGGAAUGCGACUACAUCCUGGGAAGGAAAACUGCCAUAUCCUCGACAUGGUUGGGUCUCUGAAGACGGGGAUCGUGACCGUUCCGACCUUGUUUGGUCUUGAUCCGAAUAUCCUGCUCGAAAGUGCAGAUAUGGAUCAAAUUAAGGACAUACGGGAGAAAAAAGAGCGAGAGUUUGAACAGGAGCUAAAGACCGAGUCUGCGCCAAACAUUGUCAGCUCCGCUACUCCCAAAUCAGUUAGAUUUAUUGACUACGAUUCCGUGAGCGACCUGAUUGAGGAUACUUCUGGGGAGAGACACAUUCGCGCAAUCAGUCAACAUGCUUGGGUAGAUGUGGGUGAAUAUCGAUAUGUCCUUGCCUCCCAGAACGGGGAUUACAUCACGAUCGAAAAGUCUCCGCCAUCCAGCGGUUUCAUCGUCAAGCACACGCUCAAGAUUCCUUUCCGACCCGGUCAGAAGGCGACAUCGCCGUACGCUCGACCUCGGGAGAUCGCUCGCGCAGACACCUUCGAAGACGCCGUCCAUGCCGCCGACACGUUUGCAUUAGAAACCUUCACGCGACAGUUCAUCGGCAAAUCCCAACCGUGGCGGCGCGCGCCCGCCAGUACCGCGCAGAUCGACUUCCUGAACAAGUUUCGCGGUAAAGAUGAUCAGUUGAAGGAAGGCAGCAUGACGAAGGGGACGGCCACGGAUAUGAUCACGAAGAUCAAGUUUGGCGCGCGCGGGCGGUUUGGUCGAAUGGUGGGGGAGAAGCGCAAACACGCGCGUGUGCGGGCGAAGGAGGAGGGUUGGAAGGAGUUGCAGGCGCGGGAAAAGGUGCAGGUUGGCCCGUUGAAUAUGUCAGCAAGCUAGAUAAAUGGAGUGGAAGGUCUC